GGAUCAUGGGACGCCGCAGCCGUCCCCUCUGGUGCCAGCAUGGAGGGCGGUGUGGAUGGCCCCAUUGGGAUCCCCUUUCCCGACCACAGCAGCGACAUCUUGAGCAGCCUGAACGAGCAGAGGAACAACGGGCUGCUUUGCGACGUGGUAAUCCUGGUGGACGGGCAGGAAUUCCCCACCCAUCGUUCGGUCCUGGCGGCUUGCAGCCAAUACUUCAAGAAGCUCUUCACCUCAGGGCUGGUGGUCGACCAACAGAACGUGUAUGAGAUCGACUUUGUGGAUGCGGACGCCCUCUCUGCCUUGCUGGAAUUCGCCUACACCGCCACUUUGACCGUCAGCACUUCGAACGUCGGCGAGAUCCUCAACGCCGCCAAGCUGCUAGAGAUCGAGGCGGUGAGGGACGUCUGCACGGAUCUCCUAGACCGGAAGAUUCUGGCCAAAACGGACCAGAUGGAUACAGUAGAUCAAAUUGAUCAAAGGAACCAUCUCCGAGCAAAAGAAUACCUGGAGUUUUUCCAGAGUAAUCCCAUCAAUGGCCAACAGGGCAACUUUUCAUGGACCAACCAAGAUUUGAGAGACCUUCAUAGGCUCACCUUCCGUGGCCGAGAGGAGGACGAAGAGCCGGAUUGCAACGGCAUGGACUUCUACUCGCAGGCCGCCCUCAGUGACAGACCAAAGGCAAACGACUGUGAUCCCGAUGCCAAGCACGCCAUGUGGGACGAGGACGAGGUGACGGGCCCGGGGCCCUUGUUCCCCGCUUCUCAAAAUGGACAAUUCAGCGGGCGUAGCCUGCCGGUGUCCUUGGGGGAGGAUGACGUACCAGCGGGCGUUCAGUUGGACCAGCAGGAGGUGGGAGAUUCUCCAGCAUUUGCUUCCGGCGGACCCGAGCGAGAUGAGGACCCCCGAGAAGUGGACGGCUUGGCCGCCAGCGCGCUCCUGCAGCAAAUGAUCAAUUCAGUGGGACGGCAACAGCUGGCCGAUGAGGACCGCAAGGACGACGACGGAGUCAUGGAUUAUUACUUGAAUUAUUUUAGCACUUCCCAGGAGGGCGGCGAAUAUCCGUCCUGGUCUCAGAAGGUGGAGAAGAAAAUCCGCGCAAAAGCAUUCCAGAAAUGUCCCAUCUGCGAGAAAGUGAUCCAAGGAGCGGGCAAGCUCCCACGCCAUAUUCGAACCCACACUGGCGAGAAGCCGUACGAGUGUAACAUUUGUAAAGUUCGGUUUACAAGGCAAGACAAGCUGAAGGUCCACAUGAGAAAACACACCGGGGAGAAGCCCUACUUGUGCCAGCAAUGCGGGGCUGCCUUCGCCCACAACUACGACCUGAAAAAUCACAUGCGCGUCCACACGGGCCUCCGCCCGUACCAGUGCGAGAGCUGCUUCAAGACUUUUGUCCGAUCCGACCAUUUGCAUCGGCACCUUAAGAAAGAUGGCUGCAACGGCAUCCCUUCCCGCCGGGGGCGCAAGCCCCGGGUGAGAGAAGCGGCCGUCACCCCGCUCCCGAGUUCGAAUCCCGACGACAGCAGCCUGGCCGGGGGCGAGGAGGCCGAGGAGACGCAGGGGCCCGCCGCGCCCCAGGACGAGUUAGAACAGCACUUUGAAGAUAAUUCGAACGCCCACGCGGCGUCAGGAAGUUUGAAUGUAGCUGGGGGGAUUGUCUGAGGGGGAUUAAAAAAAAAACACACAAGGACUUUCCUAAACCAAAAAGAAAAAAAAAAGAAAAAAAAUAGUGUCACAAAAUCUAGUUAUAACUUUCCUCCGGUUCCUCUUGAAAGAAAAAAAUAUAUAUAAAUAUGGUUUCUUCACUUUUUUUUUUUUUUUUUGGAGAAAAAUGAAAGAAAAACUAAAGUCAGAAAUAGCCUUAUAGGUGUAUAAUGUAUCUCUGUUUGUAAUCUUCCCACUCAGUUAUGAACUCUCGCUAGCCGUGGAUGAAUUUUUUAAAAACCUGGUCCCUGCCUUGAAAAGGAGACCGCCCAGUGAUCAAGGUUUUGAGCUGGGGGUCAAGGGGGGUGUUAAGGGGGGGUAGAGAGAGUAGAGGUCUACAAAACGUGGAAACGAAGCUUCCAGAACUUGUCUUAGUUUUUAAGUUUUAAAACUGAAUAUAUAUAUAUAUACAUACAUAUAUAUAAUAAUGGCCUUAUUUUUAGGUAUUUUAGGAGCCGCUGUUCCAAAGGGACACAAUGAAAGUAGUCAAUGAAUUGGCUGACUUAAAAAAAGGAAGAUUUAUUAGGGAAAAAAUAUAUCUCCAUUUCUUCCCAAUCAUCCCCCUCCCUUCCUUUCCCUUCCUUCCCUGUUCUAAAAUUCUCAUUUUUUUCCUACAAAGGUGUUUGAAGAGUUUUCAUCCGAAGUCAAAUCAUAGUUCUUAAGGCUGUCGGCAGAGAAUUUCGGGCCCAUUUUUAAAAGUUUGGUGAAGGGCACCAAACACCUAAAUUCUUUUCUUGAAGCUUUCGAUGUUUCGUAGAAAAAGGGGGAAAUCAACAUUUAUUGGGCACAACUCUCAAAUGUUAGGUUCUGGGACAGGAUGUUGGCCUGUCGAGCAGGGAAAAGCCAAGUUGGUGUCCUGAGUUUCAUACAAUCCGGAGUCCCGCGUAGUGUUAGGUGAGCCAAAGGAUUUACAAGGGCUAGUAGCCUUUUGGAUUAUUUGUGAUCAAACGAAUCACACUGCCCUCAACAGUUGUAAGAAGCCACGAUUUCCAAGAUUGAUGCUAAGACGGUUUG